AUGCCUACCCCUCCCUCGAACGAAGCCGACCAGAACAAGUACUUUCAUGAACCCGGGGGCCAUGAACCAGGCGAAGACGACCGCCUUGGGCAUUACGACACUCGCUAUUUUCAUGGCUUGGUCUCUCUGGACGAGCGAACGGAAACCCUCACGCAUAUGGUCAGAGCAUACCUCACAACUUUUCGGAAGCUAGGCCUGGAGACCUGGAUCGCACAUGGCACACUGUUAGGUUGGUGGUGGAAUGGAAAGAUUCUACCAUGGGAUUGGGACGUCGACACCCAAGUCUCUGGCGCAACCUUAAUGUACAUGGCGGAGAAUUGCAAUCGGACAACACAUGAUUACGUAUCGGAUGACAAGGAAUAUCGACGCACAUACCUUCUUGAUGUAAACCCAUGGUCGAAACAGCGCGAUCCUGGUGAUGGCGCAAACAUUAUCGAUGCAAGAUGGAUAGAUACCACAAAUGGGCUUUACAUCGAUAUAACGGGUCUGAGCGAGGUACAUCCAGAAGAGAAGCCCGGGAUCUGGAGCUGCAAGAACUUCCACGAUUAUCGUAUCCGAGAUCUGUAUCCGAUGAGAGAGAGCAUAUUUGAAGGAGUCAGGGCGCGAAUACCUUAUGCAUAUGAUCAGAUAUUGGUGCAAGAGUACGCGGCGCAAGCUUUGGUGAAUACGACCCAUGAGGGGUACGAUGUGGCCCACGGUUUCCAUGGGCUAAAUGCUGACACGGGUACAGACAUCGGUGGCAUGAAGACGUGA